AUGGUUCUUCCACUUUCUAAACUUGUCGUGCUAGAAAUUGCUGGACUUGCUCCUGCUCCCUAUGCUGGUAUGAUAUUGGCAGACUUUGGAGCUGAUGUGAUCCGCAUAGAUAGGACACAAGGCUCCAAUACGGAUGUAUUGACAAGAAACAAGAGGUCGAUUGCGUUAGAUUUAAAGAAUCCUCUUUCAAUCGAAACAAUAAAGAGGCUAGUAUCAAAGGCUGAUGUUAUUCUGGAUCCAUUUCGGCCUGGGGUUAUGGAAAAGCUAGGACUUGGGCCAGAUGUACUCUUAACAGUAAACGAAAAGCUCAUUUAUGCACGUCUGAGUGGAUUUGGUCAAACAGGACCUAUAGCUUUAAAAGCAGGACAUGACCUGAACUAUCUUGCAAUCUCAGGAGCAUUGGAGAUGAUGGGACGACACAAAGAAGUGCCCCACUUUCCCCUUAAUAUUCUAGCUGAUUUUGCGGGUGGGGGAAUGAUGUGUGUCAUGGGAAUUAUGAUUGCUCUCUUUGAAAGAGUUAGCUCUGGAAAAGGACAAGUUAUUGAUGCAAAUUUAACAUCUGGCACAUCUUAUCUUGCAACUUUCCCUAUGCUGAUGCGACAACAUAAGUUAUUGUGGGAAGGUGAAAGAGGUACAAACACCUUGGAUAGCGGUGCCCAUUUUUAUGAAGUAUAUAGAACAAAAGAUGAUCGUUUUAUGGCAGUAGCUUGCCUUGAACCUCAAUUUUACGCGCAAUUUCUUAUUGGAUUGAAUCUUUCCAAGGAAAUCUUGCCAGAUCAACUGGAUAAUGCACAGUGGCCUGCUAUGAAGAAGAGGAUUUCGGGAAUAUUCAUGACAAAGACACAAUCUGAAUGGACUAGAAUAUUUGACGAUCUGGAUGCUUGUACUACACCGGUAUUAUCGAUGGAAGAUAGUGUGCCUGGCGGUGAUACUCCUAAAACUGGUCAACGCUGGCCCCGUAAGGCUGUGUUUCCCCAGCCGGCCCCACUUUUAUCGCGUACUCCAGGAAUUCAUGUAGCUGAUCCAACUGGUGACCCAUUUCUGACGGUGGGAAAACACUCUGUUGAAAUUCUAUCCCAGUUUGAGUUUGACAAGACAGUGAUUCAAAGAUUAUUAAAUGAGGGGGCAAUGGUUGAUGUUGGAUUUCGUCACAAAAUGUAGCUUGAAUUAUAGGAAUAUAUAUAUAUAUAUUAAGUGUUUAUAAAACUCUCGAAUACUAGUAAAAAGAAAAUUUUAUAAAAAUAUAACAUUACUAUUUCUCCUUUUA